CCGGGCGGGCAGGGCCCCGAGCGACGGCCGCGGUGUGAGGCGCAGGGGGGACCGAUGGCGGCGGCGCAGGGCUGCGGGCGAGGGGCGGAGCGCAGAGACCCUGUGGCUGCCAUGGCCGCCUCCCCCUCCCCGCAGCCUCCCUUAAAUACUAUGGGACGGCCGUAGCUGCGGUGGGUGCCGCUGCCGAGCGCACCAUGCGGGCUGUCAUCGCCUUGGCCGCGGCGCUGGGCAGCCUGCUGCUGGGCGGCUGUCUCCUGCGCCUCGGCGGCCAGCAGCCCCUCCGCGCCAGGGGCUGGCAGGAGGAGGAGGCAGGAGUAGCUGCUGUCACGCCGAAAGUGGUGCGAGCCCUCAGAUCCCCCCUGACGCCCCUUCCUCAGACCGAGAACAGGUACGGGCUGCCCGCCCGCAGAACAACUGCUAAUAAAAAUGGAAUUUACCAGUUUGAACAGGCUUCAAAAUGUAAGGCAAUUCAGGACAACAUUUUGUCAUCAUCUAUCAAGAAGAAAAGAUAUUCGGAAGAUUAUUAUCUUCACAUAGUUACAAAACUGCAGAACUGCACCUGGAUAAGGAGACCAGAAGAAUCUACAAAAUUCAGGUCAGAAUUAGCUUCCUGCUGUGAUGCAAUUCACAAUUUUAUUGCUUCUCAAAACAACAGCCCACUGGGAAGUAACAUGAGUUAUGAAGUGGACAGUAAAAAGACCAUCCUCAUUACAGAGGACAUUUUUAAGAUGCUGCCUGUGUCCUCGCCUCUUUCAGUCUAUCCCUUCAAGACCUGUGCUGUGGUUGGAAAUGGAGGCAUUCUGAAAAAUUCCAGCUGUGGAGCUGAAAUAGAUAGUUCUGACUUUGUGUUCAGGUGUAACCUUCCUCCAACCACGGGAAGCAUUAGCAAAGAUGUUGGCAAUAAAACAAACCUCGUGACUGUUAAUCCAAGUAUCAUAGCUCAGAAAUACAACAAGCUAAAUGAAAAGAAGACAGAAUUUCUGGAAAACAUUGCCGUCUAUGGAGAUGCUUUUCUUUUAUUGCCAGCAUUUUCCUUCAGAAGCAACACAGCCACUUCUUUUAAAGUAUAUCACACUCUGAAAGAGUUCAAAGCAACCCAAAGGGCAAUAUUUUUUCAUCCCGCUUAUCUGAAAAGUCUUGCCCAGUUCUGGAGAACUAAGGGUGUGAAAGCCUACCGGUUGUCAUCUGGUUUUAUGAUCACUAGUGCUGCUCUUGAGCUAUGUGAGAAUGUGAAGCUCUAUGGCUUCUGGCCUUUUUCAAAAUCCACAGAGAAGAUGCCAAUCAGCCACCACUAUUAUGACAACCAACUGCCUAAGCCGGGCUUCCAUGCAAUGCCCAAAGAAUACAACCAGAUCCUUCAGCUUCAUGGCAAAGGCAUUUUGAAGUUGCAGUUUGGUAAAUGUGAAUCAGACUAAAAAGGGUGAUGAUCCUAAGGAAUACAAUUUCUGUGUAUCUCAGCAGUUCUGUGUUGGAUUUGAUCUGAUGUGAUUUUGUGAGCAUUAAACUGCAUUAUUACAAUAGAGAAAUAUUUUACACUUGGAGAGAAAAGGUGGUGAUUUUUUCACACAGUGACUGCUACAUUUAUGAAUUUUGAGUAACCAUUUUUAAAAUGCAAAGUAAUGAUUAUUUGGAAAAUUCUGAAACUCCUGGCUAUUGGUUUAAUUGUAGCAAAGCACAAUCUCAGGAUGGUGGCAACAUGUGACAUUCGUCAUGUUUUGCUUCUUAAAGGAUCAUUAAAAUAUUUUGAUAUAAGAUCUCUGGUUUUGUUGGUGGCUGCGUGAGUUGGCAGUGAACAUUUUCAAUUAAGAACUUGAUCCUGUAAAUACUGACAUUUGUCUAAUGCAAAAAGUGAUGAGAAGAGCUACAAAGGAGUAAUUAAUUCAGAACCAUGUCAUUCUUAGCUUGUCCAAGGCUUCACAGAUGAUAAAAUCCCUCAGGUUAGAGAUAGUCAAGUGGUUUAUGGGCUUUCAUUUUGUGGGCAAUAGGUAAUGCUGUGGAUUUAAUGAGCUUUCUUUUGUGAGCAAUAAAUGAUGCUGUGGAUUUAAUAGGAUCAUUCAUGUGAGUGAUGUUAAUUUUGGGAACACAUGUAUGAAGGACCAGAGCUGUACAGUUAUUUAUAAACCACUCUUCUUGCUUGUGUUCCUGUCUAAGGUCCAGUUCAGCUCCAAAUGAGGACAGUGAACUAGGUUUUAUGCUACAACCCCCAGAGUCCUGGUAGGGCAUGACUUUGCACAUAUUCCUGCCAUCCCAGCUGUGUGUCUUGGCUGAUACAUGAGAUGGAAUUUUCAUUAGAAAGAUGAUAGGUACCAAACCUUUAAUUUCUUCUAUUUUUUUUCACCUAGUAUAGCUCUUAUCAAUACGCAACUACAGAUAAGGAAACUGCAGUAAGCAUUAUUAGAAGAAUGUUCCUCUUACAAUCAACCCCAAGCUCUUCUCCUAUACCAGGGCAUAUGAGAAAAGUGACUACACUCAAUUUAUAACCUAUGAAGUUCUUGAGCUUUCAGUUUUCUGUAUGGUCCAAGGAUACAUGUGGAGCAACAUCCUGCAACCAAAGAAAGUGAAUCACAUUAACAUUUGCAGGAGCUGUGACAAGCAGUUGUGCCCUAGCUAUGGCUGCUUGUAUGUUGCUGCUUAUAUGCUUGUAUGUUCUACUGCAGGAAAAAGAAAAACAACAACCAACCAAGCAAACAAAAAAAUUGUAAUAACCAGAUUCUGUUAAGAGUUUCACUGACUUUUUUUGAGUGUCCUUUGAAUGUUCAGUUCAAAGAUAGUGUCCUUCUCCUCCUUUUACAGCCAGAUACUGUCAGGUAUUUUAUUUACUAAAACUCCUUUUACUAGUGCAGCAUUAAAUUCCAAAUCAACUGAUUUGAAGAGCUUUCAGUAUUCCACUCCUUGAGGAUUAUAUCUGCAAAAUUAUUCCCACUUAAAUGAAUUGAACUUUAUAAAAUAAGGUUCAAAAAAAACCUUUUGAAUUGAUAGUUCAUAAGAGCAUUACUUUAGUGUUGUAAUAUUUGAAAGCUUACCUUGCAGCAGUUUUAUAAUCACGUAAACACUCCCAAAAGUAUUAGAAUCAAUCAUUAUGGUUACAGGUCUGUUGGUUGAGACACAUUCAGCAUCUGGAUCCAUUUCCACGAUAAUGAUAUCAGAAUGAUAUCAGAAGCCUGUACUACUCCUACUCCAGCAGAAGUGUCCAUAAAUCCUGGUUGCAAAUAUCAGCAGUAAAGUCAAUUUCCAAAAAUAAGGGGUUUUAAAAAAUAUAUAGUGCUUUGGGGCAUCAACUGAUGGCACUAAUACACGUGUGAACCUCUGAAUGUCAGUAGGGCUUUUAACAGAAACAAAAUAGCAGAACUGAGUCGAUGGGUCCAUCUGCAUUACCAGCUGGUGACUGAAAGAGGCGAGCACAAUGGUUUGAUUCACUCUGAUCUGUUCUGGUUCCAGCACCACACAUCCACAUUUUUUCUUCACCAGUAGUAAGAUUUUUGUCAUUUUCUGGCCACAGGCACCUGCUACUUAUGUGUAGAGAGCUGGCUGCUGCAAGAACCUGUAUCCAUGUUAUGAGUGUUAUGGAUGGUUGCCUACCGCAACAUCCUAGUUAUAGAUCAGAGACAAAUUUGUUCCCAGAAGAGCUCCUCCUAUGCCAUAAAUCACUCACAUGGACUGCCCCUGAGUGUUUGUAGCUGGAAGCUGUGCAAAGUGAUGUAGUUGUCCUUUGGGUGAUGCAAACAGUCCAGGCUGAGAAAAAAUAUGCCAUAUUUCAUACAGAGAGACAAAGGCACACCUGUGUUCAGGUAAGGACUGUAGCUUAUUCCAGUGCAGUGAGAUGAUCUUGGCUGUGUAGCAGCUACAUGGUUUGUCUUGGGGAAAAUUCAUACAUCUUUUAGAGGUUCUUGCAUCUGUUGUAUCCAGAACAGUUUCAAGUGGUGGAUCAAGGGUUGGACUUGAUGAUCUCAGAGGUCCCUUCCAACCCAGCUGAUUCUAUGAUUCUAUGAUUCUAAGUGCUCCAUGUGUACGUAGAGAUAAUGCAAAGGGCAUCAUUUAUUGCUCAGGCUAAAUUCAAUUAAAUACUUGGCAUGAGUAAAGGGACAAAACUUGCUUGUGUGAAGUCGAAGAUGGGGAGAGGAGAAAGUGGAAUUUAUUUGCAGCAGAGACACUUGUUAGUUAGCACCAUAUUGCAUUAUCUCAGUGAAUAAAUCUAAAUAGUGUACCAUGACACACCAUGAAGAGCUGUUACUGUGUGCCUGGACUAUUUCUGUGCAUCUAUGUUAUUUAAAACACACAUGUACUGGUAACUGGAAAGAUUAUUGGAAUACAUUUUAAGAGAGGUUUAGCCAAAAAGAAGAAACCUAUUCUAGCUUCCUUGAUGAGAAAAGAUCUUAACUGAAGAAAUGUGAUGUAGCACUCAAAUGAGAGCAAAUGGAAAGCUCUGUAGCAUGGACAGACACUUUGACUUUUUAGCACUGUUUCCACAGAGUUUAAACUUGCCGUUGACCUGAAGACCUGAUCUUUCAUGCUCUCAAAGCCCUCAGUGAUUUGUGUGGAGCAUAGGACUGAUAAGAAGUGCAUGGACGAAUUGUUAGCCUUUCUUACCCUUUUCUACCGAAUGCUCUUAACUCCUUUUAGAAUAAAAAUAUGCCCUGUUGGGCUUUAGAUUAAGAACCUCAGGCCUUGCUCCAGACAUGAAGUUAUUAUGAGAUAUUAGUUGCAUCCACUUUUCUCUACAAGAGUGCAGACCUUGUACUCAGCUUUAUUAUAGCUACUGGUGCUGUGUGCUUGGUGGCUGGGUCAUGUUAAUUUGUGCACAGACUGGAAAGCUAAUAGUGGCAUUUCUGUGUGACAGGGUAGAGUUAGAUUGAUCAAGACUUGCUAAAGUACGCUCACUGUGGGAAAUUAUGUUUUCCUGGGUAGCUGAAUAAAUUAUCUCUCAUUUAUUUUACAUCUGUGCCAGGUUAAUGUUGAAUAAAUGGAUUUUGUAUCUGGCUCAGAAUGUUUAUGACACUUUUGCAAGACUGAGCCAACUACAGUUUUGAUUAAGGAUUCUUGUCCAAAAGUUAGGAAGGACCUUUCAGUUCCCUCUAUUUCACAUGAGGAAUAUUCAUUUUUAGGGUUUGUGGGCCUCCACUGCUGUCACAUGCUGUGGAAUGAAUAUUGAGAUUAAAUGGUUUUCUAAAUAUAGAGACACUGACAACAUGCUAAUAGUUCCAUUGUACCUCUGCAGAGGCUGACAGUGUCCUUGCACAUGACUGCAUCACAGCAUUAUUACAUUAAAGCCUGAUUGGCUGCUUUUAUUCCUUCUUCUCCCCUUAAUCUCGAAUGUUGCAUCUUCCUUUAGGAUCCAGUGCUGCCUUGAGUUGGUUUCUUGUCUUUCCCCAUGGAGUACUAUCUAGUCCUGUUUAGUGUCUGUUAGGGAAUUUGUGUGAUUAUGAAUCAAAUGCUGCUAUGCUUGCAGCAUAGUAAAACAUACUUUAAGUGACUUGGUUUACACUUCAAGGAAGGCAACUUGGUGGGAUAUUCAUGUUGCCUAACUCGUGGUGCUAAAUUUGGUCUGUAGCUGCAUGGUGACUUUAACUGUGAUGCCUGGCUACACAGUCCAGUUCUCAUUCUUGUGCUGCACCCCUUCCUUUGUGCUGUCUCUGGCUCUUGCCUGAUCCUACACUCAGCUGUUGUGGCAAACUGAGAUGGCAAAACCCUAACAUGGUAACAAAAAGAGAAAAUUUGUUCAUGCUAACAGAGCCAGAGGAAUUCAGACUCAAAAGAAAGGAAGAGAUGAGACCAUGCAGGUGGGAUUGUAGGAACACAACAGGGGCCAUUUGUUAUCUGACAGCUGUUGGGCAGGUCCAGUUGUUCCCUCAGAGCUUGGUCAAGUGCAGAAGUAAAAAUCUCUGGGGGCCUUCCUGGUCAGAAGGGAAAGAUGGUCUCUUGCAAGGGGGAAUCACAGCAUGACAGCUGUUCUGGUGGGCAGGAGCCCGUCUCUCCCUGUGGUGCCAAAAGAUGAUGAAGGUACCUACAGUAAGAACUCUAGGUGUCUACACUGCUUGAUUAUUGCUCCCUCCCCCUUCUCUCUUUACAAUUAGUCAUUUUAACAAGCUGUUCACCACAAGAAGAUUCAGAAAUGAUAAGUAUAAAAAAUUCUCAGUUCACUGAUGGUAAACUUAUAUAAACUUGCUUGUUAUUCAGCAUGCCUUUGCUAUCAAUCACUUCUAAUCCUAGCAUCUCAAACAGCAUCUGCAGAGAACAGAGCUGCAUGAGGUCUAGAGGGUUUGAGACCAGUUACUCUCACUUUGAUUCUCUUUCCUUUGUGCAGUAGUGAGAUGACUGACCUUAGCACCAUGCUUGAAACAAGAUGAAAUUCUCUGUCCUGUGUGAUUUGAGAAAGGAAACUAAAUUAUCUAGGUGACCUAGAACCCUCUGUGGAUCCCAAAAUUAGUAGCAAAAUAUUCCUGCUGUUAUGUAUUAUUUGAUUUUGUUCAGCACAAGUAUCUGGAUAAGUUAAUUGGUCUGGGUUAAUUGAUCAUGUACACCUUGAGCCUGCACAGACUCUGUGAUGGAGCUACAGCCUGACAUAGCAAUCUAGGUUUAAAAACAUUUGACCUAGAGAUCUUUUUUUGUCCUGUCACUUGCUGACCUGGGACAAAUCUGUGGAGGGAGAUCCUGAAUAUCCGUGCAGCAGCUUCUCCAGGGACUCUCAGGUCCACAAAGCACACGUCCACUUGUGUACAGGAGUCUGUGUGAGAUCAAGCCCAAGGCAUAUUCUCUGGAGUGCUUUAUUCUGAAACAACUCAAUGUAAAAUAGCUGAUAGCUGCUUGUUGCACACUCUGGAGCAGCAGACUUCUUGCACACGAGCCUUUUCAUUAAAUGUUUCUUAGUCUGAAAUAUUCAAAGCCAGGUAAUCUUUCCUCUUGUGGUACUUCAGCAGCUGGUUUCUUUAAUCUCUAGGUCUGCUAGCCAGCAACACUGACAAGGGGAUGUGUGUUUACCAUAGAAACCCAACUCUCUUUAUUUGGAAUUCUGUCAUUUUAGGCAAGAAAAUUAUCCUUCUCUGAGUUUCAAAGGCUGCUGAUCUCUCAGGGUAGCAUGGGGAAAUCCAUUAGGUUUUCCAGCUACAGCAUACAACAAGUGUGCAGAUUUAUAUUUAUUGAGCUUUGUUCCAGAUUUUCAUAAAGUGUUUCUUAAUUGGCUCAAAAUUAUCAUUAUGAUCAAGUAGAGCAUGAAACACUCUGCAGCAUGCCACUAAACAAAGGAACUAUUGAUAUUAUUUAGUGGUCUUCUUUCAUAAAUGCACAUUUCACAGUACCUUCCUAUUCUGGGAAUGCCAGCUCACCAAGGGAAUGACCCCGGGUUACUGGGUUAUCGUGCACUGGUCCAGCUGCAGUAGCAGCCUGUGAGUACGCUCUUGGUGUCAAGCAAAUUCCAGCAAUACAAGAGCUUAACGUGGUAGGAGUACACCAGCUUGAGUUUCCUAUAGACCAGGGAGUAAAUGUAGUACUGUGGUGUGUGAUAAUUGAGCUCACAUCAUUCUGUGCACAAACAAUAACUGCCCUUUUGUGACAGGUGUUGGCAAAUACUAGUUUAAGGAUGAAAAGAGUCUGGCUGUGCAAUACAAGAAGGAGUGGCAUCCUCGUGUUGCAAUCAAAUGAACAGUCAAGUCUGUCUCUUGCUAAGUCCUGAUGUACCUUCAGCAAUACAUCAGUGUUUGUUGCUACACCUAGUACUGCUGUGUCUCAUCUUUUUUCAUCCCUUUUCUCCAGUGAGGGAGAAAACUCACAAUGCAUGAUGGAAGUAUUUAAUGAUCCCACCAUGAGUUCAUGGUAUCAAGGCAAGAGCCCAUCAGAAUGAAUCAUGCUAAUGGUGGUGACAGGAUAGCCUACUCUAAGACAAUAUUGCUGGUUUUAAAUUCCUCACUAUUCACUUUAGUCCCUGACAAGAGGAGAUUCUUCACAGCAAGUCUGUAGUUCAACAACCUGCUAGGCUUCUCAGCUCUUGGAUUGGCUGUGAUGUUUCCCUAGAAACACCUCCUCCUUGGUGUAUUUAUUGUCAGUGCUUACAAUGCAAACCCAUUCUUAAAUUCUUGUGACAUUGAAGUAUAACAACUAACAUUUCUGCAUGUUUGAUAUGCACAUUUUAUAUAGUAGCUUCAUAUGUAUUCUUCAUGUUAAUAUUCUUGAUAUUCUUUUCUUUGAGUGCCUAAUUAAAAUUAUUUUAAAUAUUCAUUAUAUUUUAUGCCACCAGAGUAAAGUGUGUGGGAAGUUACAUAAUGUCACCUAAAAAACAGUGAUGCAAGCCAAAAUAAUUUUAAGGGUAUCUGACUGAUUUCUGGAGGAGUAUUUUCACUAGUCAUUUGGACACUUGCUUCUUAGGUUUACCUUUCUAAGGUGGGUCUCAGAGGCCACCUCUGCUUCUAAUUCAGUUUAAGAUCUGCAAGUGAGAAGACAGGUGAAUGGAGAGGUCCUGCACAGGGCUGCUCCUAAGGGAUGGCAAAUGUGUGGUUUUUCUUUUCAGAGACUGUUCCAUGUAUUAAAAUGUAAUUCCAUAAAGUUGUCAUGAUAGCUUUUGCCCAGAGGUUUCAUUGUCUCUUAAAAUGUGUAUUGUUUGCAUUCAUUUUAGCUCCAUUCUUUUCAGUGCAAUUAUCAAAGCAGAGCUUAUUCCCCAUGGAGCUGGUACAAUUGUGCUCCUCCACAUGCUCCAAGCUCUGUGUGAAGCUGCUAGUGUAGGCUCUGCUACUGCUGUUCCAAAAAGGUUCCUCAAAUUCUCUCAGUGCUGAACUUAAUUUAUGUUUUCAGAUGUGAACUUGAUAUUGUCCGAGUAGAAUGUGUGCAGCGUAAUAUAGAAAUGUCUCUGCACAGGGUUUAGGAGGAGGCAGGAGCCCCUCAGCCGUGUGUGUGCUUUUAUUACAGAAAACUAAGAUAAAGUUGUAUUGUUGAGUCAUCUGUUACAGCUCAUUUAAUUUGUACUUUGUUUUCAUGUUUUAAGUGCCUGAUGAUUUUUUGUCAAGGAGGCAAUGGUUUCACUGUUAUAACGCAUACUUAGAAUUCUGUACUUGUUACCUAUUCUGUAAUAGAAUAUUUUUGCAAUUUCUGUUUGGAAAUAAAGACUUAUUAGGCAUAA